AUGGCGUGUGAGCAGAGAAAGAUCAAAGUUUUCAUGUUCCCAUGGCUAGCACAUGGACACAUCUCACCUUUCCUAGAGCUAGCCAAGACACUUUCAAGCAGAAACUUCAUGGUAUACUUGUGUUCAUCAGCGGUGAAUCUUAGUUGCAUUAAGAGAAGACUCACAGAGAAGGAUGCAAAUUCCAUACAACUAGUGGAACUCCAUGUUCCGACCUUGCCUAGUCUUCCUCCAAAUUGCCACACAACCAAGAACCUCCCACCCCAUCUCAUGCCUACCCUCAAAAAGGCCUUUGAUUGGUCACGCCACAACUUCUCCAAAAUGCUAAAAACCCUAAAACCAGACCUCCUUAUCUAUGAUACUAUUCAACCAUGGGCCCCGAUUAUCGCUUCUAAGCAUGAUAUCCCGGCUGUGGUUUUCAUAAGCACCAGCGCUACAAUGACUUCCUACAUGUUUCAUCACUACGACAAUCCAGGUACGGACUUCCCUUUUCCGGAGAUACAUCUUAAUGCUUAUGAGGAGGAUAAGUUCAUUCAUUUGAUUCAAUCUUCUGAAAAUUACUAUAAAGAGAAAAACCGCUUCUUUGAAACCCUUAAAGAAUCAUCGAGCAUAAUUUUGAUCAAGAGUUCGAGAGAGAUUGAAGGAAAAUACAUCGAUCACCUCUCCCUUUUAGCUGAAAAGAAAAUUGUACCGGUUGGUUCACUUGUCCAAGCCUCUGUCAAUGACGACGAGCACUUGCACAUCACCGAGUGGCUCAACAAGAAGGACCGAGGCUCAACCGUGUUUGUUUCCUUUGGAAGUGAGUAUUUUCUCACCAAGGUAGAGAUGGAAGAGAUGGCUCAUGGGUUAGAACUUAGCAAUGUCAAUUUCAUAUGGGUUGUUAGGUUUCCAGUGGGACAAACAACUAGGGUUGAGGAGGCACUCCCAAAAGGGUUUCUUGAGAGGGUAGGGGGGAGAGGAUUGGUCAUCCAAGGGUGGGCCCCACAAGUAAAAAUUUUGGAGCAUCCAAACGUUGGUGGCUUUGUGAGCCACUGUGGGUGGAGCUCAGUAAUGGAGGGGAUCAAGUUUGGAGUCCCUAUAAUAUCUGUGCCUAUGCACCUUGAUCAGCCAAUCAAUGCUAGGCUCUUGAGUGAAAUUGGUGUUGGUGUGGAGAUCAUGAGAGAUGGCUCAGAACAACAUCUAGGGAGUGGCAGUAUCCUGAUUGUGACUUCAUACACAAUCUCAAUCAGAUUAGAAGGUGUAUUGUGUAAGAUGGUGGAGUUUUUAGUGAGUCUUGCCUGGCUCUGUGAAUGGAUUGCUGAUGUGGUGGUCUGGUUGCAAAAUGAAAAAGCUGGAAAAGAAAAUUUGGAUGGCUCUUCCCCUAGCUAUUCUCUGGUAAAGCAUGCAAAUUUUGGUAAGGAAAAAGCAAAUAAUAAAGCUGUAAAAGGUCCAGUGCGUACUCAAACCAAGAGUCUAAAUGUCCAAGGUGGGGUAGGAAGAAGUGAAGUAAAACCAUUUGCAGAUCAAAGAUCAUAUGCAGUGGUUAUAACAGGACAAAGGAGUGGUGGUGAAAACAUUACGUUGAAGGUAGAGGAAAUUGGAAAUGGGUGGUUGUAUGAAAGUGUAGUGGUGCGUUUGAAGGCCAAAUAUGCCAAUAUUAGCUUGAAACAAGAGCUUCAAUCAGUAGGUAUUGAGGAUAUUAUGGUAAGAGAAAGUGGAGGACGUGAUGUAGUUAUAACAUUCAAAUCAAAAAAGGAUAUAGGAUUGAAACUGAAGCCAAUAAAGGAGUUGAUCUUGGACUAG